UAUCUUGACUCGAAUUAUUAUUCUUACUAGUCAGAAUGUAAUUGCGGAUAUCUUAAAUUACCAUUCUGGAUAGUCAAAAUGUAGUUUUGUCUAGUCGAAAUGCAGGUUUAGAUAUCGGAAAUGUAAUUACAGAUAGUCAGACAAACGGAUUUUAUGUUAAAACGGCCUGCCAUAGAGGCAGAGAAUAAUUUCAGAGAGCUGACUGACUCAGAACAGCGUGUAGCUGUGUGUCUGAGGUUUUGAGAGUUUACUGAAAUGUUGCCACCAAAAGCCUGGAUCCGGGGAUGCAUCCUGUUUGUGCUCCUAACAUUAUGUGGACAAACUGCUCACUGCCAAAAUCAACACAAAGGCUCCACAUAUUUGGAAGAACUGAGGCUCAUUCUUGUUGGUAAAACAGGAUCAGGAAAGAGUGCAUCUGGAAACACUAUCCUGGGAACUUCAAAUGCUUUCAAAGAGGGCAGUUCACCUGAGUCUGUUACCAAAGGCUGUGGCAGAAAAGAGGUAGAAAAAGGUGGCAGAAAAUUUGUCAUAAUUGACACUCCAGGGCUGUUUGACACAAAUGAAUCACAAGAAAAAGUGAAAGAACAAAUUGAGGGGUGCAUUGAACAGUCUGUACCUGGACCUCAUGCUUUCCUUUUAGUGAUCACCCUGAAGUCGAGGUUCACACAAGAGGAGCAGGAUGCUGUGAAGUGGAUCCAGGAUAACUUUGGUUCAGAUGCUUUAACCUAUACCAUAGUCCUGUUUACACAUGCUGAUUUGCUGCAGGGUAAAUCAGUGGAAGACUUUGUGAAAGAAAGUAAACAUUUACAAAGACUGAUAAACCAGUGUGGAGGAAGAUACCAUUCACUCAUCAAUGACCAGAGAAAAAGCAGAAUCCAAGUCAAAGAACUUUUAGAUAAAAUUGAGCGAAUGGUGGAAUUCAAUGGAGGAAGUCAUUACACCAAUGAUAUGUACGAGGGAGCUCAGAAGAAACUUGAAGAAGAGAAGGAAAUGAGGAGGAAGGCGGAGGAGCAACAAAGAAGGGAAGAAGAAGAGAGGUUCAAAGUAAAGGAGUGGUGUAAAAUGUUGGGUCUUGUUUCCCUGGGACUUUUUGGUACCGGAGCAUAUUUGUCAUCAUAUACUCUCAUGACAAUAGGUGGAGCUCUUGGAUACUCGCAAUUAAAUUGCACAUUGGACAUGUUUACUUAGGUGUGAGAGCAAGGACUCCCGUUCUAGCUUAUUCUGUCAUAGAGACAGAACAGAAGGGGAGUUUUGAAAAAUGGCCAAGAAUGAGGCAAGAAAUAGCUUUCAAUAAUCACUGUUUGGAUUACCAUUGUGUUAAUCUUAUAAUUAAACAUUUUUGUGCAUGCCUUCUCUGUUAGUGGUAGGGAUUUGUUUGAAUCAGCUAUUUCCGAGUGUGUAAUU